CGAAACCUAGCAUCAACGAAAUCAAAUCCAAGAUUGACUAUGAAUUCAGCUGACCAAACAUCAAACUUAAUUAGCAUUGAGCACUUACUGAGAUAGUCUCCGAGAUUGAAUGUCGUAUUAGCAGCCCAAGGGAAGUCUUAUUGGUGGUGGAGUCGAAGAACCAGCCGGCGUCGCCGCCUACUGUAUGGUUGGUGUAAGUGUCCGCCGCCGCAGCUGCCAUGACUAGCAGAGCCGCCACAAUCAGCCGGAGAUUGGUCGCUGCCAUCAGUGAGGGCUGUUCGGAUGAAUGCUGGUAAUAUGGUUUUAUAAAAGAUACUGGGUCGGGUCUGGUCUGGAUGGUUCCGGGUCCGGGCUUCCCUUGUAGUUAGGGUUUUUGAAGAAUUAAUAAAACUCUCUCUCUCUGAGUUGAAGAGAAGCAGCAUUCCCACACUACACGUAAUAGCAGGUGAAAUUAAUGGGGGGAAAGGCGAUAAGAAGGAGAGAGAAGAACUACAGAGCUGCUCAUGACGGCGGGAACAGCACCCGUCUCCCGCCGCCACCUGUUGCUUCCUCCAUUGAUGCUCUCCCGUCAAAACUUCGCAAAUUGAUGUCCUUUGCAGGAUCUGCAAAGGAACCACUGAAUUUUGGGAAGAAAAAAAUAGGAGAUGGAGCUGAUAAGGCAGCUCGUUCGGUAGAAGGAACGGAAUCUAGUACUGCAGGGAUGAAAAGAAAAAGAGAUGGUAAGGAUUUGAUGGAACAACAAAAGGGGCAAGGAGAUGAAGACCCUGAAAUGAGCAAGAACGAGAAGAAGAAAAAGAAGAGGAAAAGUAAAGUAGCUGAUGACCUCCGGUUUAAGGCAUUGGAUACACCAGCUGCUGGUUCCCGGAAAAAAGAGCGAAAAAAGAAGCUGUUGGAAGCAAAAAAGAAGAAACAACAGAAGGUCCAGACAGAAGAUGACAUGGACUUUCGUGGCCGUGAAGAAAUUAAGUUUGGGGAUAUCGUUCAGGCACCUCCGAAGUUAACUGCUGUUCCCAAGUUGUCCAAGGCAGCUGGAGUCCAUGAUGCUUCACAAGAAAGGCUUCGUUUACAGGCAGUCGAAGCCUACAGAAAACGUAAAGGAUGGGAAUCAAGGCCAGGGGUUAAGCUUUCUGCACCUGUGACUACAACAAGUUUCUUUUAACUGCUCAGCAAACAGGCACAGGAUUACUUGACCUUCUCCUUAAUCUCAUUACAUCUACGUCCGUACAAUACAGUCAAUAUCUAUACUGGAAGAUGGAAAUCAUGGAAGUGUAGGAAGAGUGUCAUUUUCCAUGAUUUCUGUUGACCUAUAACUGUAGAUAUCCUGUACCUGUGAUGAGAGCUAGUCGAGAGUUGAUGUAAGAACAAUUCUAUUAUUUUCACUAUAGUUUAAAUCAGAAGCUUUUUAUUUAUCUUA